AUGGGAACGAGUGCACGCAUUCAGAAGGGCACGCACGGAAAACCGGUGAAAGAACGGUUGACAGAUGAUAAAUUUUGCGCGAACAUGAGCAAUGUCUUCGCAAAACUCCGGGGUUACACGCCAUACUGGAACCAAUGCCGGCUCAGGAUCACGAAUUACUUGGCAUUCUUCUUACUCGGCAUUCAGGCCGCCAACAUGAUUCGUCACCUUGAACCCUAA